AUCUAAGCAGUUUUCCCUUUGGUCUCUGUAUCAAGCUGCAGGACAUCACAUUUUCUUUGCAUUUUUUGACAGUUAUCAUGGCUGGAUAGACCUAAUUUGAUUAGAUCAUCAUAAAAUGUUUUAGGGUUGCUAUGAGUAAGAUAUCUUUGCUGCAGAGAAAAUUUAUGUACACAAACUCUGAGGGCCAUCUUAGAUCCAAUUAUAGCAGAUAGCAUGUUUGGAAUCUUUCUUUCAGGUGAUGCCCCCGACUGAGUCUUGCUACAGAUGCAUUCGGUGUAUCGACCAUUUUCCUUGUCUUAUUGCUAUUCUUGGUCUCCUGUGCAUUUCUUAUUUAUUAUACUUUGGUUCUGUAUCAGGAGAAGACAUUAUCCACAGCUGAGCUACUUUAAUGGGCCUUGGAUUAGCCGUAUCAUCCUGAUUCUAGUCUCCAUUUGGUGGGGCUUUGGGGAGAUAUUUAGGCUGAGUUUCCUGAAACCAAUUAUUCUCCUUAUCUCCUGGUUUAUCUGACAAUUAUAUAAUCAUGAAGCACUAGUCUAAUGAAGAUAGCCUUGUGAAAGAAGGCAAUAGCAACAAGUUAUGAUGAUCCAGUUCAGAGCAUUUUCAUCAGAGCUUAAGUUGGCUUCCAAAACUGCCUCAGUAACAGAGCGGAUAUCCUCAACCAACUCGCUAGCAUAAAUCUGAGUCUUGUUCACUGGUAUAGAUUGUUAAUAUUGAAAGCCAAGAAUUAAAGCCAUUGGGUUCAUCUACAGUAGCAUCGAGAUACCCUGGGGAGGCUGUUGCUUUUUUAUACAUGUGACAUAAUUUUGCCUUCUUGGUUUUGGUUAACAUGGGAAUCAGAAAUCCUUGAAGUACUUGUACUUUUUAUUCAGUCGAGUACCACAUAAUGGUUCUCUAGCCAGAUGAGCAUGUGAAUGAUAUCUUAUCUCUUGGUUUAUCAGCUUUUCUUUAUGGUCAUACAUAGUCUUAAAUUGUGCCUGAUAUGAUGGAUGAAGAAAAAUCAACUCAUAGUCUUAUUUAGGAUAUGAAAAUCAUAUAUCAUAGUUGCAUAUGUAAUUGCUAGCAAAAGGUGAAUAUUGUUCUUUCCCCUUCUCUCAUAUGUUGCAUUUGCAUGGGCAGAUAUUUAAAUAAUUGCACCUGCUAAUUGUAGCAUUUGCUUAUUUACAACUAUUAUUUUCAAGCACUAUUAGUUGCAAAAAAUCAAAUGGCUGCUUAUUUUCUUUUUUGCAAGAUCAGAUUUAUGGUCUUCAUUUUCUAACCUUCUUUUAUCAUAGAUGACCAAGGUGUGGAUGUUGGAUCUUUUUUCCUCCGAGGAUAGAUAUGAGGAAGUCACAUUCUGGUGGUUAAGGUGUGUACUGAGGUCUGAGGUAUGAGUUUUGCUGGAAGCAUCUAGUACGCAUGUCAUAUGAUCUUGAAUGAUAGAGCAAAUUAUAAGCACCAUCUACACUUACUCUGCUCGACACCAUCCAGUAAUCAUGUUUAAAAAGCCAGUUGAGGCAAAACUAUCGCAACGCUUGUCGGGAGCUGACAAGAAGAAGCUGAGAAGAACAGCAAAGGACAGGUUUCCACUUGCUUCAGAUGCUAAUAUUGAUGAAAUCCUUCCCCCUAAGGCUGAGAUAACAGUGGCCAAGUAUUCAAACAAGGUUCAUGUAUAUGUUAUUGAAGGUGGGCUCCCAAUGCUUUUUGACAUUGAUGGACGAGGCACUGAGAUAUAUCCUACAGUUUAUGCAUUGUGGAAAGUUCCUGAACUCUUACCAUCCUUUCUGCUCAAGGGUGGUGAGGUCUCUCGUUAUGUGAUUGGAGGUGCUGAUUUGAUGUUCCCUGGCAUUAGUAUACCUCCUGAAGGCCUGCCUUCAUUCUUAGCUGGGCAGCCAUGGGCAGUAAAAGUUCCUGGAAAUCCAGCACCAAUCGCGGUUGGAGCCACCACCAUGAGUAGUUCAGAAGCCCAAAGAGCUGGUUUACGUGGGAAAGCUUUAAGGAUAACACAUUAUUAUCGUGAUUUUCUAUGGCAAUCAGCCGAAGGUCAUUAUGUUCCAAAUGCUGGUUUUUUGGUAGAUGUUGUCAUGGAAGAUCCUAAUCUAUUACUGAUUUCUCAGCCAUCUGAUGUACAUCCAGAUGCUUCAAAUGAUGAAGAUGAUAUUAAUGUGGUAGAAAGCGGACCUAUUGCAACAAAUAUCCAGGGUAGCACAGAUGUUGAUGCUUCAAAAAACUUAGAUGUUGGUGUUCAAACCUCUGAAGAAAUCACUGCUGAUAUAAGUGGGCUAAAGUUUUCAGACAGUGUAACAGCUGAAGUACAAAGUGAUGAGAAGGAACAACAAACUUUGUCUGGGGAAGAAAUUGAUGCCCUCCUGGACAAAUGCCUUUUGCAAGCACUGCAUACAACUGUCAAAGAUAAAGACCUUCCCAUGCCUGGAAGCACUCUAUGGUCAAACCAUAUACUACCAUGCAGACCUGCAGGCAUUAUUUUGGACAUUAAAAAAUCUUCUUAUAAGAAACUUUCCAAGUGGUUGCAGUCCAAAUCUUCUGCUGGGCUGAUAUCAGCAAAGGAAGACAGAUAUAAAAAAGAGGUCAUGUUACUAGGCGUUAACCGCGGACACUCAGACUACAUGUCAUUUAAGCCAGGGAAGCGCGUUCAAGAGAGUGCCGAACAAAGGCAUGAUAACUCAGGUGAGGGUUCACAGAUGAAACUCCAACUACAGGUGGUCGAAGUCUACAAACCAAGCACUCAUGUAAAUUCCAUAUUCACAACUCUUGGAGCUGACACUGGAAGUUUUUAUAGUGCAUCAGAUUCCUCGGACAUUGUCUUCAGGUAUGUUGAGAAGGAAAAUUUGGUUAAGCCAACAGAUAAGGCAAUGGUAGUUCUGGAUGCUACAUUGUGUGAUGCUCUCUACAAAGGGUCUGUUAAAAAGGGCUCAGCUUAUCCAACAGAAAUCCACAAGAAGGAUCUAGGAUCAACUUUUUUAAGCAGGAUGCAAGUUCAUCAUAGAGUAUCAAAAGGGAAUGAAGUUGCUGUCCGCAAAGGUGCUGCUAGACCCAUUCAGAUCAUGACAGAACGACGACAAGGAAACAAGAAGGUCACGAGGGUCUCAGGUCUGGAAACUUUCCUACUGGAUGCUGAUUCACUGGCUACGGAACUGCAAAAGAAGUUUGCAUGCAGUACAUCAGUGGCAGAACUUCCAGGUAAGAAAGGACAACAUGAAGUGCUGGUUCAAGGAGGUGUGAUCGAUGACCUGGCAAAGCACCUCGUGGACCACUAUGGUGUUCCAAAGAGAUACAUUGAGGUGUUAGACAAAACUAAGAAGUGAAACAAGGUAAUUAGAGGACCGAGCAAUAUAUAAUUGACAGAACCAGGACGUCACUACUUCUUCUCUCCUGGAUUGUAGGAGCUGCUUGCAAUGGGCUAUGCUGGAGGAUAGCACGUUGAUAUUUGCCAAGUUACAAUAAAUUGAUGAAGAUGCUCUCGGUGAGUUGAUUAGUAAGUUUCCACUCAUUCAAUAUCGAGACUAUUUGUUGUUACAACAAGAGUGAAAAUUGGUUACAUAUCUCAUGGCUGUUGAAUUUUGCCACAACUAAAAGGAUGUCUAUAUUUCUUCUUCCUUUAUUUAGUGACUAUAUAGACAACUGGUUUGGUAGACUAAUCACGUUUUUCCCA